AGGAUCUUCUUGAACAACCGUGGAAGGGAUGAUUCAACUUGAAAAAAGGCUUUGCAGCCUCGUGGUCGGGAGAGCUGCACGUUCGGUUGCAACUUUUCGAGGAGCUCCAAGUGUUGUCAAACGAUCCUUCGGAACGGCUCUGAACGUCCAGGGAGCAGCUCAGUCUCGCAAUGUUCUCAAGAACGCUGCUUUCCGAGUUCCGGCUUCACAUCUGCGAUAUUUCUCUGUGACUGGAGGAGAACCUUCUGUGAUCCCGGUUCCUUCUAUGGGAGAUUCCAUCUCUGAAGGAACCAUUGUUUCAUGGCACAAGAAGCCUGGAGACCAGAUUGAAAUGGAUGAAAUUUUGUGCGAAGUCGAGACAGACAAGGUCACAGUCGAGAUUCGUGCGCCCGAUGCUGGUGUCAUUCAAGAGUUGUGUGCGAAGGAAGGAGACACUGUCCUGGUCGGAUCCGACCUCAUCAAAUACCUCAAAGGAGCUACCGGAGGUGCCAAGGCCGACGCUGGUGCUGCGCCACCCAAGAAGGAAGCACCCGCAAAGGCCCCCCCUGCAGCAGAUGCUCCGAAGCCGCAAGCUGCGGCUGCUCCUUCGGCCCCUCCUUCUGCUCCACAGCCUCCCAGCAAGCCUGCAGCUGGCUCUGCUUCUGCCCCCCUCAGUUUCAAGUGUCCAGCAUGGGCGAACGAAUCGAUCGCCGCGUGCCCAUGAGCAGAAUGAGGAAGAGGAUUGCCGAGAGACUGAAGGACUCUCAGAACACUGCCGCCAUGCUGACUACUUACAACGAAAUCGAUAUGACCAGCGUGAUGGAAAUGAGAAAUUUGUACAAAGAUGAAUUCCAGAAGAAGCACAACAUCAAAUUGGGUUUCAUGUCGGCUUUCGUUAGUGCGUCUGCUAAGGCCCUCAAGGCUUUGCCGAUCGUGAACGCCGUCAUCGAUGGAGAAGACAUUGUCUACCGCGAUUACAUCGACAUCAGCGUCGCUGUCUCGUCUCCCACUGGUCUUGUCGUUCCAGUUUUGCGUGAUGUACAGAACUUGUCCUUUGCUGCCAUUGAAGGGGCCAUCAACCAUUACGGAGAGAAGGCGCAGAGCGGAAGCCUUGCUCUUGAGGACAUGGCUGGAGGAACAUUCACGAUCUCGAAUGGAGGCGUUUUCGGCUCCAUGAUGUCGACUCCCAUUGUGAAUCAGCCUCAGAGUGCUAUCCUGGGAAUGCAUGCUACCACGAAGAGACCUUAUGUUGUCGAUGGCAAGAUUGAGAUUCGACCCAUCAUGUAUGUGGCUCUUUCUUAUGAUCACCGCAUCAUUGACGGACGUGAGGCGGUCACCUUUUUGAAGAUGAUCAAGCAGCAAGUGGAGGAUCCUCGAAGGAUGUUGCUGGACCUCUAA